AGUCAAACAGGUUGUCGAAAGUUGUCUUCCCUGAUUGAUAAAAAAAAAAGUCGGGUAACUCGCGCAGACGUACACACAAAGAUGAUAAAAUAAAAACUUUGGGCAAGCUAGUGUUGAUCAAUACUAACCAAUGAGAAGAGGUCACAUUUAGAGCAGAAAUUACAACCCAUUUGAGAAAGGGACCUGAACUUUUAAAACCUCCACAAAUGCAUCGAAGGAUGUUAUUCAAGAUUGGUGUAACCCUUGUCAUUGGUGUUGGUAUCAUUCUGUUCUACCUGGUCAACGUUCAAGACAUUGACAAGCCAAAUGUGUACCAGACAUUUCAUUAUGAUCUAGAAGACAAGCAGCUGAGUGGGGUGUAUGCCAAGAACUCACUUGUCAAAGUCCCAGACCACAAGCAGGAGGGGGAAGAGGAGAAACAGGAGCAACAGCAGCUUCAGCGUAAGAAAACUACGGAGCUCUACCCUGAUUUAGUUCUGGCUAAUGAGUCGGAAGCUAAUGAGAAGGAUGACCAGGUGUUCCUGUUUAAAGAGCAGCAUUUUCAGCCAGUGAUACAGAGUGCUCAGCAAUAUUAUGGGAACGUUGUGCAGCUGUGUGUGGUGGUGUGUGGCAGUCGAGGAGAGGAAACCAUGGUGAUGCUUAAAUCUGCAGUAAUGGUGACCCCAUUCUCUGUGGGACUGGUGUUUCAUAUCAUCACAGAGCCUGCUACUCAGAAAUACUUUCAAGACCAGUUUGAAGCAUGGCCUAAGGUAUACAGGCAAAGAUUAUCCUACAAUAUAUACAACAUUUCUUUUCCUGGCGGAGCCACCUCUGAUUCCUGGAAAAAACUUUUCAAGCCAUGUGCUUCACAGAGGCUGUUUUUGCCUGAUUUGUUGAAGUCUGUUGACAGCCUGAUAUACGUGGAUACAGACACCCUGUUUUUAAACUCACUCUCUGAUCUGUGGGUGCACUUUUCUAAAAUGAACCAGUCGCAGCUGGUUGGCGUUGUACCAGAAGCAGAAGAUGGUACAGCAGGAUGGUACAACAGAUUCGCCAACCACCCAUACUAUGGGGAAUUUGGUGUCAACUCUGGCGUGAUGCUAAUGAACUUGACCAGACUAAGGAAAACAUCCUGGCUUUCAGACAUGCAGAUUUUUUACAAUAAAUAUCGUAUGAUGAUCCCCUGGGGGGACCAAGACCUUAUCAAUAUCUUUUUUGCAGCUCAUCCAGAUCAACUGUACCUGAUGUCCUGUUCCUGGAACUUCCGUACUGAUCACUGCAGGUAUCUUAGCAACUGCAAGUCUGCUGAGCAGGAUGGGAUAUCGGUCCUGCAUGGCUCACGACGAAUGUUCUAUGAAGAGAAGGAGCCAGCAUUUGGGGUUGUUUUCAAUACAUUUAAAAACUUUCAGCUUGGUGGAGAUCUAGACUCACAAUUUCUGCAAGUGAUGAAUAGAAACCUGAAUGAAGCUAAGCCAUCCAACUGUGGGAAAUUGGCAGACCUCUUUCUGAAACAGCUGAAGCAUCUUGUUGAAAUCAAUGCAGAGUUACAUGUCCUUCAGGAGAAAGAGCUGAGCCAACACAAAUAUCCCAGUGGAAACCAGUCUUCUGAUGAACAAUUUAAUAUACAGAAGAGAGGUAAUAAUCCUGGUGAUGAUCAGGUGAACCCCAGGCGUGAAGUCUUUAUAGAAGACAACAGAAAUCUGAACAUUCCACUUGGUGAAGGGGAUAAGAAUGACUUGAAUGACUACAUAGAACCAGGCAUGAAUGUUCAGCCUGAUGCUGACACAAAUGCUGAAUUAGGAGACGAUUUGGAGAAUAUGAAUGCUGAAAUAGGUGAAGACAGUAGUUUAAAAGACUUGGAGAAUAAUGCAGGUGAUAAUGAAGGUGGUGGUAUUUAUAGGGAGGAUAAAAUUGAUGUAAAUAAUAAUGAAAACGAAGGUGUAAUUAUUACAAAAAAUAAUGACAAUAAUGUACAAGCAAAUGAUAAUAAUGAUAAUGAAAUUAAUAUAGACAGUGAUGUAAAUAAGUUAAAAAAUGUAAAUUCCCGGCCAGGUUCAGAAGUGGUUGGCAAUAGGGAUUUUAAUGAAGCAGGCUUGGGUGAACCACAAGCAGAUGGUAACAAUAUCUACAUUCCUAAACAAAAUAAUAUUAGAUUAGAACAAAAUAUAUGAAGUUUGUACAAUUUAAGUUCAUAAUGAUUGUAUAUUAGAACAAUAUUUUUUUUUCCUAUUUUGUAAAAAUGAUUGAUCAUGUCUGAACAACAGGGUAGAACACAUUUUAUUCAUAUUUUUAGCACAUUUUUAGACAUCAGACCUUACUGCCAAAACUACAGUGCUGAAAUGUAAAAAUUGCCUGCACUGUUGAAAUUAGUUAAGUAAUUAUUUUUCUACUUUAAUUUAAACCAAAUAAAAAAAAAAUAUUUUGAAAUGUUUAAUAGUUCACUGUAUCUGAUAAAAUAACCUGUGUUCAGUACCUCCAGUUUCAACAGUUCAGGCAAUUAUUAUUAUUAUAACUAUUAUUACAAAUCUGAUUUCCUUUAUAACUGUGCCAUUAGUGCAGUUAGAUAUUACCAUUUGUAAACAUCUCACAUGUUGAUUUUAUUUAUAACUAAUACUUGGGAGUAAAUCAAAAAAAGUAAAAACCUAUAUCAGUUUUCCAAUGUCAGUUAUAAUUGUUUAUAUUUUGAUUUAUUUUUCAUUGUACUUUUACAAAAAUAACAUUCAAUAAUAUUAUAUGAAAUAAUACUUAACUCAUUUUCUGUGUAUUAUAGGUAUGUAAAGUGUUUGAAAAGAGACCCUUAUUAUUUAUAAUAGAAACUUAAAUAAUUCCAUGAAAACAUUUACUUAUAUUUUUACUAGCUUUAAAAACACUUCAUAAUAAUUGAACACAGAUAUUCUCAGUUUACGAGCUUUCAUUCCUAAAAGUUUCCCUUCAUCAAAAAAGCACUUCCUGUGAUUGUAGUUUUGCAACAUGGAAAUAAAGAUCUCCAUUUGUUAAAUCAGAAGACAUUCUAAUUCUCUGGGUUCUUUUAACUGGCCAGUAUGGAAGAAACAGUACUCUUUUAUUGUUUUAUUUACUGCUGAUGUUGUGGUUAAGAUUAGGACUUGGGACAGAUCUGGAUGUAGUGAAAAUUAAAUAAGCCCACCUCCAUGAUGCUCGUACAAUAGGCAUCAUUUUGUAUUAAGAAAACGUUUAUUUUAAAAAUCUAAUUUUUUUUUUUUUAAAGUCUUUAUAUGUUCUGAGUAAAAUGUAACACCUUCUUUUUAAUGUAUUCUAAUAUAUUUUUUUCCUUAUUCAUUGUAAUUGAAAAUCUUUUUUUUAGGUGGCAGUGAUUUUUCAGUGAAUAGAGCUUGCCAAAUUAUAUAUUUUAACUAUAGUAAGCCUAUGAUUUAUUUCGGUGCGAUAUCUUUUCAAAGGUGUUAAACUUUUUCUCAUGUAUUUUCAGUUGGUUUAUAAGCAUAUGAUUAAAUGUAUUAUUUAUAGUAUUUUGUAAGACCAAGAACUUAUUUAUCAGGUUCUGUCAAUGGUAAGGUUUGCUUUUGCUGGCUUCUGUGGAUAAAAAAAAAGUUAUGUGUACAUUUUCUUGGUACAAGUGGGAAAAACUAUUUUUAUAAAUAAAUAUGGAUCAUGUUUAAAAAAUAAUUAUACAUAUGGUAAUUUUUUUUACUUUAUUGAAGCAUUUAGGGUCAUAAUGUUUGUAAAUAUAUGGUGCUAUACUUUGAUUGUAUGAUAAUAAUAUCAUUAAAAUUUGUUUAGAGUAACAGUUUUAACAAAUGAAGGGCAUUCACAACUUUGCCAGAUUUUUUUAAGUAGAGUUGUUACCUUGUAAAACUCAGCAGAACCAAUAUAAUGCAUUUUAUCAAAGGAUACUUUUUAAUGUUAAGUAAAUAAUGUCAUUUUUGUAAUCUAUUUAUAAUUUUUCUUACAAAGAGGGAAAUUAGCUGUGGUAUAGCUGAGUAUCCACGGACAAAUCUUUUAUAAUAUGCUAUAAUUAACUGACAGUUUUGUCAGUCAAUCCUCAUAUUUCUACUGACUUUGUAAAAAAAGGGGAAUUAAAUUUUUUUUUUUUUAUUCAGUUUGCUAUUGGCCAGCUUUACCUCGCUGUGAUGAUACAAUGAUGUUGUUAUUUCCUGGAUAUUUCAUGGAUGUACAUUUUUAAAAAUAAUUAUCCAGAAUUGAAUUUUCUUUUGUUUAGUUUUAGUUACUGUAACAUUAUUUUGUUAAAAAAUGAAAUGUCGUUAAUAUUUUUUGGUAGUCAUCAUAUGUUUGGUAAGCAAAAAUAACAGAUUGAUUCACUGGGAAUGAAAAACAGUU